AUGUCUACUUCUCUCCGCACAACCACCGCUGCUUCUCGUCUCAGUCGUCUCUUCCGCUCCUCCUCCUCUUCCAUAUCCACACUCGCUCUCUCCGCUUCCUUUCUCUCUAUUUCGCCAGAUCUAUCGUCUCUUCUCCACUUCUUUAUUAUUCAUCUCUCUCUCACAUAUGCCUCACCCUCUCUUCUAAAUCUUUACCGGAGAGCCGUCACGUUUCUCCUAAGGGAUCUCCGUUCAAAAUUGGGAUUCCCAAUUUCCGCCGUCGCGACAUCAGAAGACUGCUCUACCUUCUACUGCAACGAUUGUGUCUCGAAAUAUAUAGCUGCAAAAUUACAAGACAACAUCCUCUCAAUCGAGUGUCUUGUCUCUGGUUGCAAGAGCUCUGUUCGGCUCGAGCCAGAUAAGUGUCGUCAAAUCUUGCCAAGAGAGGUUUUUGAUCAGUGGGAUGAUGCUCUUUCUGAAGCAGUAUUGAUGCGUUCAAAGAGAUUAUAUUGUCCUUAUAAGGAUUGCUCUGCUUUGCUUUUCAUUGACAAGAGUGAAGUGAAGAUGAAAGAUUCGGAGUGUCCUCAUUUCCAUAGAAUGGUGUGUGUAGAGUGUGGGACUAAGUGGCAUCCUGAGAUAACUUGCGAGGAGUUUCAGAAGCUAGCAGGGAACGAAAGAGGAAGAGAUAAUAUUUUGCUCGCGACGAUGGCAAAGAAAAAGAACUGGAAAAGAUGUUAUUCUUGCAAACUCUAUAUUGAGAAGUCUCAGGGUUGCUUAUACAUGAAAUGCAGGUAUAUGUAUAUUCUUCUUCUUCUUAUCACCUGUGAUGCAAAUUUGUGA